AUGCCUCGCGCCGUGAAAGGUGUCCUCGUCGAAUGCGACCCCUCCGUCAAAGCCAUCAUCCUCAAAUACGACGAAGAGAAACAUGACUACAUCGUGGAGGAUCUAGACGAUGACCGCCAUUUGGUGAUUAAGGAGAGUCAGCUUCAGAAUUUGAAGGAGAGAUUGGGCCAGGAACUUGACCAGAAAGUUAUGCAGCCUGAGGAGUCGGAUUCGGAGUGA